AACAAAAUCUUGUGUACAUCUACACCACAAUACCGUACCCUACAUCUCUCACACAGGUAGCAGUAGUACGUAGCCAGCCAGUAGUUACACACGCGCUCUGCUCCUCUCGCCUACCCACGAUUCCAAGGAGAAGAGCGCCUCCCGCACAGCGGAGCGCGGCAACCGCUGACCGCACCGCGCGCCAGCAAUGGAGUCGUCGCGGGGGAAGCCCGGCCUGAACGGCAGCGGCGGCGGCGCCGCCGCCUUCGACUACAGCAGCCGCCGGGGCUACUACACGGGCGCCGGCGCGGCGCUGCCGCCGUUGGCCGCUGGUUCCAGGGCGCCGCCGGUGGACCCGUGCUGCGUGGUUCUGCGGGUGUUCGUCCUGCUGGGGACGCUGGCGUCCGCUGUGGUGAUGGCCGCCGACCGGCAGAGCACCACCGUCCAGAUCGCCGCCGGGGAGGAGCUCGCGCCGCCGCUGCGGGUGCCCGUCACGGCCAAGUGGACCUACUCCUCCGCCUUCGUGUACUUCGUGGUGGCGAACGCGAUGGUGUUCGCGUUCAGCGCGGCGGCGCUGGCGGCGGUGCGGAGGCGGAGCGCGGUGGUGCCGGUGAUGGUGGGGGACCUGGUGGCGAUGGCGCUGCUCUUCUCGGCGGUGGGGGCGGCGGCGCAGUUCGGCCUCCUCGGCGAGCGCGGCAACGCGCACGUGAGGUGGGCCAAGGUGUGCGACGUGUACGGGCCCUUCUGCGAGCGCGCCAUGGCCGCCGUCGUCGUCGCCCUCAUCGCCGCCUUCGCCGACCUCGUCCUCCUCAUGCUCACCAUCCUCACCAUCCACAAGGCCUCCUCCUACUACUAGCCAUACUCUAUUUUGCUUUGCAUGGGUCUUCGAUAUGGAUGUCAUGUGUGAUUAACUGAUUUGAUGAUUAUAUUGCGAUUAUUAGUCAAUUAGAGGCAACAGUGGUCGUUUACCUCUGUCAGUGAUCACCGUGAGAUGAUGCCUGCUUGCCGUCUUAAUUUAAUCGUUGACAUGUUCACUGAAGUAGUAAUUGAGGCUUCAUUUAUUAGCUGUAAGGUGAAUUUGAGAUGAGUAUAAAAAAGAACUGAUGGAUUAAAAGAAAAUAAUACAAAAUUUACAAUGUUGUAAGGUGAA